GGAAAAUUUUUGAGAUCGUCACUGUUUUUUGUUUCAUUUUGAACAGUGGCUUUGCAUUGAUAAAAAUUUUGAUAAGGAAGUGAGGAUCUAAUGAUUACACGAAAACAUGAUAGCAGUUUAAUUAUAUCUAAACUGUACGAACUGUCGUGUGAUCUAUGAUUGUCAACAUUUUUUCUUGAAAUGGAUUGUCACUACCGCAACGAUUACACAUUUUUCGAGUAUCGUAUAUACAGUGUGUUUUCAAAAUGUAUUUACAAUAAAAAUAGUGUAUUUUAUUAAUGAUAACUGUCAUUGAACGUUCUAAUACUAUCUUUAAAUACAGUCUAAUCAAGUGUAUAUUAUAAAGCUGUGACAUAUUCACAGAUCUAUCAAAGUUAAUAAUUUGUAUUAUCAAAUUAUUAUGUACUUUGAAGUGGAAUCUAUUCAAAAAUAUCCAACUAUGAAUAAAUCAGUGGAAGAUUUGCUAAUAUCUAGCCGUGAAGUCAUGAACACCGUCAAUUCCACUGGAUUAGAAAAUCAAAAUUCAGCACCAAAUGUGGGAAAUGGUAUAUCAGAUAAUGUUCAGGAAACAAUCACUGGAGGAACAGGAGAUCGAGGUAGCCCAGUUUCUAGUCCAAAUUUGUCUCCACGUCUUAGCCCAAAAGUACGCUCUAAACGAGAUCAUUCUAAGACUAAUUACGAUUCAACUGCCAAAGAACAUAAUAAUGUGAACAAAACGGAUGAUUUACAUGAUUUAGCAAACAAGUCAUCGGACUCCUCUCAAGCUGUGAAAAGUUCGCACGAAGGGAAGAAAGAAACGCGUGGAAGCGAACGAAGUAAAAAGAAAUCAUCUUGGUAUAAUGUUCUAUAUCCUACCUAUAAAUCUCGAUCUGAAGAUUUUAAGCGAAUUUUUAAAGAUGUACCAGAUGAUGAAAGAUUAGUUGUUGACUAUUCGUGUGCACUACAACGUGAAAUAUUAGUUCAUGGUAGGCUUUAUGUUUCUCAAAAUUAUGUAUGCUUUUACGCAAAUAUCUUCAGUUGGGAAACUUUAGUAUGUCUACGUUGGAAGGAUGUUACAUCUAUUACCAAAGAAAAAACUGCACUCGUUAUUCCUAACGCAAUUUUAAUAUGCACUGCCACUGAUAAGUUUUUUUUCACAUCGUUCGGAGCAAGAGAUAAAACAUAUGUUAUGUUAUUUCGUGUCUGGCAAAAUGCUCUUAUCGGCAAGCCAAUGAAUGCAGCUGAAAUGUGGCAACUUGUACACUCUUGUUACGGAGAUGAAUUGGGUUUAACAUCGGACGACGAAGACUAUGUUCCACCAUUACCUCCAGUUGACGAUGAAAAGUUGUCUACAAGAUUGUCUAUUGAAUCAUUUUCAGAGGUAGAACAUAGUAAUAUGGAUCAUUCGAUGACUGGAACAAUGGAUGCAAUUAUUGAAUCGAAACCAGAAGUUCAUCAUCUACCUCGGUCAAACCCUAUUCUUGACGCAACUGAUCUAAGCGAUACAACAGAAAGUGAAGCCGAAAAACACGCAUUGAAAUCAAGCGUUCGAAGUAAUAUAGUAUGUACUUCACUGCACGAAGGUCGUCAAAUAAGCAAGGCUAUAUUUCCUAUUCAUAUCGAUCAAUUAUUCACUUUGCUGUUUACAAAUUCAAAGUUUUUCUUAGAUUUUCAAACUGCUCGCAAAACUACCGAUUUAGUACAGUCAGCAUGGACGCAAAAUGAGCAAACAGGUCAGAAAGUUAGAACAUUGUCAUUUACAAUGGCACUUUCUCAAGCUAUUGGACCAAGGAGUUGUCAUAUUUCAGAAACUCAGAUAAUGUUACCAUGUAGCAGGCCAGGUCAUUUGUAUAGUAUCGACGUAGAAAGUGUAAACGCUGGAAUUCCAUACGCAGACUCUUUUUCUGUAUUCGUUCAUUACUGUAUGAACAGCAUUACUGAAAAUGAAACGAGUAUCUCAGUUUACGCUCAAAUAAAGUACAAAAAAAGUGUAUGGGGUUUUGUGAAAGGUGUUAUUGAGAAAAACUGCUGGGCUGGGUUAGAAGAAUAUUUUACGAGUUUGAUAAAAGCAUUAACUAUAGAAUGUGAAGAAAAUAGCGGAACUGGAGGAGUAAAAAGGAAAGCAAGGAGAAGACGUCGUGCUACAGGUCCCGGGAUCGUUUUACAAACUCAUUCUGCUGAUCUUACGUCUCCAAGCUUACAGAACUCUCUGAAUUUGCCACAUAUUAAUGAUAAUACUGUUUCCGGUGCUCGAGGUGAUUCUAACAUGAUAAUUAGUUCGAUGCUUCUAAUUGCGGUAUUAUGCUUAAUGGUGAUCAAUGGUCUACUAUACUAUAAACUAUGGGGUUUAGAAGAAGCUGCAGCCUAUACAAUUAUGGACUUACAUGUACUAAAGAAUACUCCAAAGACUGAAGAAGAUUGGAUUCAUUUGUUACAACAACAAGAAAGCUUGCAUAAUGUAGAGAUGAGAAAAUGGCAAAGAGUACUUCAUACUGCUGCACAGUUACUUAGACAAACAGAAGAAUCAUUAACGGAAUUACAAAUGAGUAUUCAUCCGACUGCAACGGAAAAAAUGUUUUCAGUGUUGAAACCAAGUCUCAAGAGUUUUAAUUCGCAUACAGAGCAGCGAAGUCAUUCGGAAAUGUAAAAUGAAAAAUAUGUAAAAUAUCUUGGUUAAAAAUAACGUGAGUAUUAACAGGAAAUAUUAUUGAAAAUCAUUAUUAAUACAACUUAAGUGUACUUAAUGACACCAAUGUUAUAUAUAAUUGUUGUACUUGCAUAUAACGUAAUUAGGUAAACAAGUACGCUGUGAUGAUGAUUGCUGAUUACUUCAAAUGCGCAACAAUACGCAUGUAAAUUAUUUAUGAUCUACAGAAAAUGUGAUUUAAAUUUAUUCAUUUAUAUUGUUUAAGUAUUUGUAGAAUAUUAUAUAUAUAUAAAAGUUUUUCGUAUAAAAUGUUAAGUUAAAUU